GCAGUUCUCAGUGUUUUCUCGGCCAAAAUGACCGAAUAUCAACAAACAGACUCCGACGUCUUCUGCAACGAGUACGCUUGCGAGGCUAACGAACAGGAGGAUAAACCGUCGCCGGUGCAAAGUUACUGCAGCAACUUCAAGAGCGGCUACAUGCCCGUCAACCCCGAAUACAUAGAGAAACUGCAGUUCACCGGAAGGAAGACCUUCGCUUUCUGGACUUUGGUCGUCAUACUCAUCAUACUGGCGAUCGGUAACCUAUGUUUGACCUUCAUUAUACUGAGCGUUCUUCGUUUGGGCGGUAACAUGGAAUCCAUAGAGUUCAUACAGAAGCAAGACGCUAUAAAGUUCUUCGGCGAGACCGAUCUGGGUCACCUUUACAAGAGGAACGGAAAGAUCGAAGGUUUCAAGGAUGUGCCCAUCGAGGUUUCAUCUCAAGACAGCUCGGUCAUCUUCAGUCUCUCCUCGAAAUUCGGAAGAGUGUCCACCAAGUUCAAGAUGAACCAAAACUCUACCACCUUCGACAGCAUCAACAAAUUCGUGGUGAGAGACGAAAAUGACAAACUCAUCUAUUCGUCGGUAGACCCCUCUUUCAACUCCAUCAAGAGCGCCAAUAAUCUGAAGACCAAACUGACCCUAACGAACAGAAUCACCAGUCCCCUGAAGGAAGAUUUGAAUAUCCAGGGCAAAUUGGUUAAUUUCAAAGGAGCGGAAGGGACGACUAUAAACGGAAAAUUGGUGUUCUGGAGCGCAGAUCAGGACUUGCAUUUCAAAACGGUAAACGGUUCCAUCAUAAUGACCAGUAAGAAAGACAUCUUCAUCAACAUGAAGAACGUGCCUACCGGGGCUCUGAAGCAGAAUAAUCACCUGAGGACUCAGAAUCAGUACAAAAUUUGUGUGUGCAUGCCGCAAGGAAAGUUGUUCAGAAUACCCGUUUCUGGGUUGAAUUCGGUUGUAUCUUGUAAUCAUGUGAAUAUGUCACCUCAACAUAAUCCGUGUUAUUGAAUAUUUAUUUGGUGAUUGAACAUGCACCUAUGUGGAAUUAGAGAAUGAUACUGUUUUCUGUACUGUUGAAAUUUUGAUGUGAAGAAUAUAUAGAAUAUUUAACAAAUUUAAUAUGCUCCUUUGUGUACAUUUUUCUAUAAAAUGAAAAUAAAUUAACUAAUAUUA